AACACUGGAUGAGACGGCAAUACUGACAAGAGUAAAGGACGUAGAGGAACUAGAGAAAAAAAAGUUUAGAGAAGUCAGAGAGGUAAGGAGCAGGCACUAGGGGCUGUACAGAAAGAGAUUAGUGGGCGAAGCAUGAAUGACAAUAAGAGAGAGAGGGCAAGAGAGAGAGAGUAUGUGUGAGGAGGUCUUUCUUCCAUGGAAUUUAGUUUUACUCCCAGUUUUGUAAAUUUGCCUGCACAAAUCUCACAGUCUGAGUUGGUGAAGGCUAGACCACUACAAUCCAUUACAAUAAAUAGAGACUGUGUUUGUGUUAGGCAGUGUUUAAAAAGAUGACCAAAAGAUCUAUAUCUACUCAAAAAGAUGGAAGAAUUGCAUCAAAGGGACACACAUUUUCCCAAAAUGGGACUCAAUCAGAUUCCAGUGGGAAACUGCAGGAUGAGAACAGCAAUAAGGUUGGACUGGGGAAGAAGGUGACCCUGCUCCGAGGGAUCUCCAUCAUCAUCGGAACCAUCAUCGGGGCCGGGAUCUUCAUCUCUCCAAAGGGCAUCCUGAAAUAUUCGGGCAGUAUAGGAAUGUCCCUAAUAGUGUGGAUUGCCUGCGGUGUGCUGUCACUCUUUGGAGCCCUGUCCUAUGCUGAGCUGGGGACUUGUAUUAAGAAGUCUGGUGGACAUUACACAUAUAUUAUGGAAGCCUUUGGACCUCAGAUGGCUUUCGUAAGGCUGUGGGCUGAUCUCAUUGCUAUAAGGCCAGCAGGGAUGGCAGUCAUUUCUCUGGCCUUUGGUCAGUACAUCCUGGAGCCUCUGUUCAUGCCCUGUGGUAUCCCCCCUGAGGCUGUCAAACUGGCCACCGCCAUCGGCAUAACUUCUGUAAUGUACCUGAACAGUAUGAGUGUGACAUGGACAGCCAGGAUUCAAAUCUUCCUUACCUUCAGCAAGCUUCUGGCCAUUGCCAUCAUCAUAGUGCCUGGGCUGUACCAGCUCUUUAAAGGGGAGACCAGAAACUUUGAGAAUGCCUUUGAACUCAACAAUGUAAAGCUGUCUGGUGUGCCACUGGCAUUCUACUCUGGGAUGUAUGCAUACGCUGGGUGGUUCUAUCUGAACUUUGUGACAGAGGAGAUAGAUAACCCUGAGAGGACUGUGCCAUUAGCUAUCUGUAUCUCCAUGGUGAUUGUGACCUCCUGCUAUGUGCUGACCAACGUAGCGUACUACACGGUGAUGUCAGCAGAGGAGCUCUUGGCCUCAGACGCUGUUGCUGUGACAUUUGCAGAUAAGUUGAUGGGGAACUUCUCAGUAGCUGUUCCAGUGUUUGUGGCCUUGUCUUGCUAUGGCUCCAUGAAUGGCUGUUUAUUUGCUUUGUCAAGAAUGUUCUAUGUGGCUUCACGUGAAGGACAGCUCCCUGAGGUUUUGUCAAUGAUCCACGUCCGCAGACACACUCCACUGACUGCUGUUCUCAUACUGUACCCUAUGACCAUGUUCCAGCUGUUUGUGGGAGACAUCUACAGCCUGCUGAACUUCAUGAGCUUCCUGAGGUGGUUGUUCAUUGGUGUCGUGGUGCUAGGUUUAAUCUACCUCCGAUAUACAAAGCCUGACCUGCCCCGCCCUUUUAAGGUCCCACUCUUCAUCCCAGUGGUAUUCUGCCUCACAUGUUUCUUCAUGGUGUUUCUGUCUCUCUACUCGGACCCAGUUAACACAGGGAUUGGAUUUGCCAUUUCCCUCACUGGUAUCCCGGCAUACUACAUCUUCAUCUACUUCAAUCACAGACCAAAGUGGCUUCAGAGGGCUUUAGAUUCAUUCAACAGAACCUUACAGAUCAUCCUGGAGGUCGUCCCUGCUGAGCAAUAACAGCACAAAAACAUUUAGUACAAAGAUCGAAAGUUAAUUAUGUCACUACUGAAGUUAAGUUGAAAGAAGUAAAAAUCGUUUUAUAUCUACUAUACAUGUCAUUGUUUUUGUGAACAUUGUGAUUAUUUAUGUAUCAGUCAAGGACCAUCUGAUCACCAUUUUCUUCUCAAUAACCUAUACUGUGUGUCCGUACACAGCAAGUCACUACACAUGUACAAACACUGUCUGGACUAAUCUGGUUUAUUAUAUAGUAUCAUACUGACCGUAGAAAGGUUUGUCACAUACACUGUUUCCUUAAAGUCUAUGUACCCAUAGACUCAGAUGUGUUAUUUAUGUAACUUAGUUUAUUUUUGGUGGGUCAUAUGCCAAACAUUGUGAGAUGAGCAACAUGUCUUAAAAUUCAUAUCUUGUGAUCAAUAAAUACUACACUAGAAGUGGGAGUGAGUCACAUUGUGUAGAUUGAAAUCUGGUGCUUGUGAUCACCUUUACCUGCUUUUUAUCAAAUAUCUGAUCAGUAUUAUAAUCUAAUAUACUGACAAAGCUGGAAGAAAAAGAAACUUUCUUCUAUAGCAGUCUGACGCAUAAACCACUAAUUAACAUAGCAGUACUAAUUAGAUCAGUUCUCUUUUACAGCUCUAGGAUCAGUUAUAAUAGUCAUGGUGACUGGUCAGAAUGCGGUAUUUGUUUUUUUUAAUGUGUUUACAACAAUAGGAUCUCAUAACAGCAGUUGUGUGAGUGGCCAAUAAAAAUGUAUUUCUUCAUCCAAAAAACAGUCACAGGCUGACUCUGAAUCUGCACUAUUCCAAACAGAUAUUAAGAUGACUUUUCCAGACUAUAUCAAUAAAAUAUAAAGAUGUUUUUAUUAAUUCGUGUUAAUAAAUCAGCUUCCAGACCAAUGAUAUAAAAAUCUGUGGGUUUAGUGAUUGUACAUGAAGAACGUAACUUAUGUUACUAAUUUAAUAACCUGUAUUACUGUACUAACAAGUUAAAUGUCAGAGCUCUGGAUACUUUUCACAACAGAAACAUCAAGCUUCAGUUGCAUCACACAAUGAGGUAGUUGAGUUAUUUUGCGCCAAAGUUGUCAUAAGUGGUUUUGUCAGGUCACAUGACUUCCACACAAAUGUGGAAAUAUCUUCCCAACUUUGAGAAAUGUAUAGCAGGCUGUGUGAAUUGAUCAGGACAGCAAAUUCUGACCUGUAUUCACUAGAGCCACCUAUUGCAAUCAUAAGUUAAAAGAGACAAAACAUGAAAUUGAACAAUACAACUUGUGUUUUAUAUAGAUAGGGUUGGCCUUUAGUUCAAUCAGUUUUGAUAACAUUGUACUAACCAAGUUAAUUGCUGAAAUAUAGGAACACACAAACCCAAAGGAAACUCAAGGCAAAGGGACACAACCAGUCAGAUGAUGAGACAGGUUGGAAAAAAAUACCAGUUUAUCCAGAUGAUUUAAACCACUUUUUUGCUGGUCGAACUGAAAGUGAGUGAACCUGAAAUGUUGGUAAUACACCCAUAUCGGACAGGAAGCAAAACGUUUUGAUAGAUGGUUCUGAAUUGGAGACUGAUAGAAUACCAAAAUUUGCUAAUCUCCAUGACUAACGCGAAAAUGCCGACUGUCGCAUGUUCUUGUACCACGCAAACCUCAAACAACCAGCUUAUACUUUUUAUAUGCAGUGACAUUUGUGCUGAAAAGGCCAAAAAAGGAGGAAGAAAGUGCAAACUUUGGGUGAGAUCCUGGAUGGAUAAUUUUUUAUGUGAACAACUUGCAGUGACUGAAUCUUAAGACUUAAGUUCAGAAUCUCACAUAUCACUCACCAUAUCACUUUAUUACGACUUUAAUAAUCAACUGACCCAGCGUGGCAAAGACCAACAUUCUAAGGCUUAAAAUAGCUCAGAACUGGCUAAACUAGAAGAAACUUCUAAAAAUAACUCAGUCCUUACUCAGGACUCCUACGUUUUUGGUAUGAGAGUAUUUCAAAAAGCAUUUUACUGCUGAAAGUAUCUCAAAUGUCUAAGAGAAGUUAGAGGUCUCCCAAGUCCCUAAGACCUUGUUGAGGAAUUUUCUAUGACAAAAAAGACUUAGCAAGGAUAUCUUUCCAGUGGGUUCAAUUUCAUAGCAUUUGCAAAGGGAUUGAGCACUGUACAGAGAUCAGAGGUCUCCACGGGUGAAGCCUUGAGUAGUGAGAAACAACAUCUUUUAUACUGAUAAGCUAUCCUCCUCUCACUAUUUUGUCUGUCUGGCUCUAUUCGUCCCACACUUUUGCACAUGUGACAUCUGCAUAUUUUGAGACAAAAGAACAACCAGUAUGGGGCAGUUUUGACUUUCCCAGGGAUGUGGUUCAGCACAUGCUGCCCAUCUCCACACAGUAUGCUGAAUCACAAUGGAACAUAACAGUUCAAAACGACAAGAACAUUUAAAAUUAUCAUUACAACUUACUCAAAGUCAGUCAUGGCUGCUGCCAAUAAUUCACCUAUUUGUGUCAGCAUUUUCGAAAAAUAUAAUUCUAAUUAGCUUUUAAAUACAUGUCAGCUCAAUCGUGAGGGUAUUUUGAAGGUGGUGGAGCUAGUAAGGAAUCAUCGCCAACAAAUUGAAACAAUUAAAUAAUAAUGGACAUCAGGUGUGUGCAACCCUUUGUUAUUUGGCCACUGGAAAAAUGCAGUUAUGCAGCACUGAUGAACUGGGAAUAUCACAAUUAUCCACCAAACUGUAGACACGCUUUCUAGACCCCACAUUGUUCGGUAAUAUACUAAGACUCCAUUACAUAACCAUUACCUACAAUAAAUCAAAGGUGAUUUUAUGGCCAUUGCUGGAUUGCCUGGUGUAGUGGGUAGUAUGGAGGGGACACACAUCUGAAUCAUUGUGCUGAGGAUGUGUUUGUGAAUUGAAAAAUGGGCCUGGAGCUAAUCCCAGCUGACAUUGGGCAGGAAGUGGUGUACACCCUGGACAGGUUGCCAGUUUCUUACAGGGCAAAACCACAACCAGGACUUCAGUUAAAGUGCAGACUGUAAAUUGGUGGAAAGGUCAACUUUUUUGUUGAGACUUAAGCAGAGGUCUUGUGAAUGAGCAGAAAAUCAUUUGUAUGGUGAAGAAAAACCCUUUAUGUCUGCACAGCAAGUCAAGAAUGCUCUCCAAGAUGCAGACAGACAUCUUUCCUUGUCAGUGGACAAGAGAAGAUUCAUAGCCAGAGGAUUCAAUUGUUUUUUUUUGUUUUUUUUGCUGUUUUUCAAUUGUUUUUAAAUUUUUGUUAUGUUUUUAAGGUGUAUGUUUACACAUGUAGA